UUUCUGGGAAAUGGACGAUUCCAUUUCAACCGAAAUAAAAAAAUUAAUGGUUGUAUCCCUUAAUAAUGAGUCAAUAAUAAACCCUAGUAAACGUUUUAUUCUUUCAUCGAGUCAUAUUGACAAAUCAUUUUCAGGAAAAACUGUAGCUUCUUUUUUGUCAAAAAGCAGUAUGAAAUUUUUCAAACGAUUCGAUAUCAAUACUAAUUUUUUAAAUUUGGAUCCAAGUAAUUGGAAUACUGAUAAUUUUUAUUUACACGAAAAAGAAAUUGUAUGUUCACUUAAAGUAGUAAAUGACUCUGCAGAUAAAGCGGUUAAGGUAAUGGAAGAUUUCCAUGAAAGUUUAACUGUAAACGAUGAAAAAGCUGAGUUACUUUUACACUGUGUGUUCAAGAGCAUAGAAUAUUAUAUCCUAAUUGCAACAAAAAAACAUUAAAACAUAGUUUUUAAUGUAUAUUUUUGUUAUAAUUUGUGAAUUAUUUUGAAUUUAACAUUUUGUAUUUUAUAUAGUAACUUUUUUUUAAUUUAUACAAUAAUAUUGAGAAGUAAGUAUCAUUAUGAGUUUAAGUCAAACAAAUACAUCACUUUACAAUAUAAAGGAAAUAUAUUUAAAUUAAGCAAUAAAAUUCAUAUAUUUAGUAAAAAUCGUAAUAUGAUCGAGUUAAUUCAGCUAUAGCAAUAAAACGAUCGGUUCAAUGAAAUUUGUACUUAAUACUUUUAUUUCGUAAAAUUUAAUUUUAAACAAUUUUUGUAUGAAACAUUAGGUCGUAUCACAUAUGGUUCGUCAUAUAUGAUAAAAUAUUCGUAAAUAUGCUAAUUUCGGCAAUUUUACGAAAUAUUAUGUAUUUUGACAUUUUUCUAGAAAACUAAUGGAUUUAAAAGAAAAACUGUAAGGACUUAAUUUAUACAAAACAAUUAGAUCUACAAUUUAGUUUUAAUAUUUUUUUUUGUGAGAGUGCUAAUUUACGAGUUAAUUGCUAAAAACUAAAAAAGUACCCCUUUUGGCCGAUUUUCAACCCCAAGUCGGCACGGGUUAAACUUAUCUGAUCGGCCUGAAAUUUUUUGUAGCCACUUUUUAUAUGUAUACACACAAAUUUGGGGGGUGAGCCCGAAGAAUUUCCAAAAUUUUCAAAAUAAGGGACACCCUAAUAUAUA